AUGGCGACGGUGAAGUCCCUGGGGUUGCACCAGCCCUCAGGACUUCAACAUGCCAUCAACGAACAAUUGUUACCGCCGAAUCCACCACCAACUUCCUAUACAUGGGAUAUUUCAACAGAAGAUCGGUUCGAUGGGGAUCUCGAAGAUGAAAUCCUUUCAACGGAACACUGCGUCGUAUGGUGUCGAGGUGGAAUAUUUCGAAAGACCUUCAGAUUCGAACUCGAAAAAGAACCUGUCGUACAGGCUCUCCUAGCAUACUUCCCGGCUUCCAAAGACGACAAAUCUACACAAGAGGAAGAAGCACAAUCAGAUCAGAGACCGGCUUUGUCUAAAGCGUUGGUUGUCUUCCUCAAGACUCAGGCGCACAUAUAUUUCCUCUCUGGCACCAGCCAUAUUGUGCACAUGCCAUUCGAAGUUGAAACAGCAUUCGCAGGCCCAGUUGGAGUCAUCAUUCAACGAAAGCAAAAACCUGAAAGUGUUGCGCCAAUCUCCUUCAAGUUCCCCCGAGUGCCACCGAAUUCCUUCGUCUCUUCGCAGUUGACGGCAUUCAAUAGCUCUCAACUGACCGCGUUUUCUGUGGAAGGUCUCGGAAAACCGAAAGCACUUCCACUUCGUCUGAGCUCAACUUUAGAUAACCUUUGGGAAGCUCCGCUGGAACAACCUGAGUCCCGUUGGCCACGCCUUGUUUCAUUGACCGACCCGCUGUUGGAAUUGGGACUGGUCGUUACCAACCAGGAGCCCCAAAAUGGCAAAAGCUUAAGGCAGACAGCAGCUAAGAAGCUGACAUUCCUCGAUUCAGCUGAAGAAGUUCUCCAUGUGGAAGAGAUCAAAAUUCCUGGCGCUUUGACACAAGAUUUAAGUCAACCUCUGAUCAUUGCGGUGACAAUCAACCGCGAAACUAGUGAAUACACUGUCUGGCGCCUCACGUACCUGCAGCAUGAAGACCGUUUUCUUGCUCGACAGAAAGAUGCUAAAUCAAAGACUGCCCGGCGUCGUAGUUCCAUGCCUCCUGCUUUUGCUAGUACUCCUGGCACACCUGUCCAGCCCAACCUGCGAGAAAGCUUUGGAGCACCUCUUCCAGGAAAGCGGCCGAGAAAGAGUGAGCGCCUUGAAAAGCCCAUGAUUGACCUUGUGUCAUCCUUAGAACAGCAAGACAAGGAAGGCAGUGGUGUUGCGCGGAGGAGUUCUCGUAGGGUCAGCUCCAUGUUGGCGAGAGCUGACUUGUCUGCGUCGCAUGAAAGAGCCAUAUUGCCAGAUCAGCCACUAUUAUCCAGUCAUGCCGGGCCUAGGAGGCAUGAAUCACAAGGAAGCCAUGCACGCCUUAGUGCCAACUAUGCCCAUCAGAUACAUCCUAGUCUGAGCAGUCUGUUAGCGGCACCUUUCUAUGAAGGCCUUGACGAAGGGUUUCACAAUAUGGGUCUAGAUGAUCAUGAGUUUGAUGGGCUACAGCAUGAAAUACUGUUUACUAAACUUCACAGCGUACCUAUGAAUAACUCCAAUGUUCGAUACUCGGAUCAGCCAGCCCGCACCAAAACCAAGGUCUUCAUCUUGGUGGCUCCCCCAUUUGCAAUCGAUGGGCAUGACCAAAGUCAACUUCUUAUUGGGAUUCAGGAUGCUACCGAGAGACGUCUUCAACUUCUCACAUUGGAGCUGGGCAUUCAGCGUGGAACUAAUAUGGCCACCAAACAAGGGAAGAAGAACAUACCCGAUGGUACAACCGUCGUAGCCACUGUUGUUGACAGACGACAUGCCCAAAAUGUCGUUGACUCUUGCAAGCUAAUGGACGGUGACCAUUCUGCGAUUCUAAUCCUGUCGGAAUCAAUGGAUGGCCGGCACGAACUAAGUACCCAGGCACCGUGGAGCGUCCUUACAAAAAUAUCGCUUUCACUACUCUUUGUCGAUAACACUAGGAGUUUGCAAUAUCGUGGCAGAGUUGUGGACCGCGAUGUUACCCAGAGAAAGUCCGAGGUUAUUGACCUCAGUAAUGGCAGCAUUGUUGGUGUACGGCAUCCGCGACAAGGUGGCAUUGUUGAUGUUGUCGAUGCUGAAGGUCGGCUCCAUGAGCUCCGUAUUCAGCUCGAGCCGCGGUCACCUCACGUUCGAAGAGUCCUGGACGUUUGUCGUAGCAUUCUGCCUCAUGCACUUGGUGAACACAUCUUCGCUGGCUGGCUUCAUUGUAUGCAGUGGAUAGGAGGCCAUGGCGAGACAAAUACUGACAUUGAAUGGUCUGCGAUGACCGUACUCCUUUUAUCUUUGUUUCUGAGUCUCGGCCGAACUGACACAAAGCCUUUCCCGAAAACCCGACAACUUCCUCGCAGAAGAAGGCACCCUUCGGGUUCUUUUGGCUCGAUUAGAGAAUCGGAGGAUUGGAGAUACUUGGAAAAAACCGAGACUUCAAAUUCGUUAGGGUGUCCAACUUGGAUGAUGAAUGGAGGGUGGCAGUGGGCGCUGGAUGAAGAUGGGGAUGAUUCUGGAGACGAAAACCCAUCUACAACUUUCAUUUCGAAACAUAUACCUAUGGCCAAAGAGUAUAUGGCCUCUGUACUAGGCGAAACGGCAUUCGGAGCCGCUGGUUAUAUGCCAACCUCACUUGGCAAAAGCAUAGAAAGCCGCCGCAAGGUUGCUGUAGAUGUGUUUAUGGGUUUGCACCUACUUCUUGAGGAAGAAAAACUCGAUAUCAUGACGCCAGAGUUCAGAUCUCCUGGCCGUGCUGAUCUUCGAGUCAUUAUGUGUCAAAUAGCUCGAUGGCUCAGGUGGCCCAGCUUUAUUGCUAUAUACGAGGCGGGUAUACAAGAAGACGUUGAUCAACGUCAUGAUUCCGAUCUCAACCUGAGGCCUGCAGUCCCUCAGCCACCUGUAAGGCCAGAUGUUGUCAACUGGAUUCAAUCACGACUCACCGGAGAACGGAGGGUUCCUUACAUCACCCCAGCGGAUAUUUAUUAUGCUGGCUCCCAAUUGUCCGAAGCGGAAAAGUCACAGGACAGGCGAUGGGAGUUUAUUCUCCCUAGAACGCUUAUGUUUAAGCAAUUUUUCAAAUAUAUGAAACCAAGCACAAGCGCAGUCCAGAUGGUGGAAGCUAUGAGGGAUGCCGGAAUUACACCAUUAAUUCUUGAUACCCUCCCGGAGGCUAUUCUUGCACCCUUACGUGAUGCCAUUUCAUUGUGCCAACCGCACCCACCGACCUCCUGGUCCAAGGACCUCCUCGAAUUGGUUGACCGCCGGGAUAUCAGUCUCAUUCUUGCCCCUGGGAAGCAAGCUAAGCCAAGCGCUUCCAAGAUUCUAACACCGACACACAAUGCAACUUGGGAUUACAAACUGCUUUGUCAGAGUGUCGAUGAGUCAAACAAUAUCGGAUACGACGAAGGUGAAGGAACGGAACGUCAAGCCAUUAUUCGCUCCUUGUUCAAAGAAGAUCGCCGCCUUAACGAAGCUCAAGAUUUACUUUCCACUCACAAGGCAAGGCUGGUUCGACUCGAUCCCCACCCAAGUUGGCCCGAGAGCGAAUAUCUUGAGAAGCAAAAGGAGCUCGUAACAAGAAUUGCAACAGGCACUUUGGCAAUCCCUGCGGGCCGGGCUUUGCUGUACUACAGUCUUCGCUACCCUUUGAUCACGCAGAAAUUUCAUAUCGGUGGAUUUAAUCUCAAUUGCAUUGUAAAACCAACAAACACCACGGUGGGCGUAGACAAAUCACAGUUCUCAGAAGAGAAGGUUUGUUGGGGCUUCUUUCACCAGGGCGUCGCAGCUGGGUUAGCCAUUUCUCCCGAGGCCCAAGGUAUCGACACAUCAUGGAUUCUUUACAACAAACCUGGCCAAGACCUCAACAAUCGGCAUGCUGGGUUUCUCCUUGCUCUUGGCCUGAACGGCCAUCUGAAAGACGUCGCAAAAUGGGUUGCGUUCAAAUAUCUGACGCCAAAACAUACAAUGACCUCCAUCGGGUUACUUCUGGGUUUGGCAGCAUCUUACAUGGGUACAAUGGAUUCGUUGAUUACUCGUCUACUUUCCGUUCAUGCCACGAGGAUGCUGCCUCGUGGAGCCGCAGAAUUGAAUCUGUCCCCUCUAACGCAGACUUCGGGUAUAAUGGGCAUCGGUUUGCUAUAUGCCAACAGUCAACAUCGGCGAAUGAGUGAGAUUAUGCUCUCUGAGAUUGAGCAUAUUGACGAAGAGGAUGAAGAAGAGCCCCUGAGAAGCGAAUGCUACCGGUUGGCAGCUGGAUUUGCUCUCGGGUUCAUCAACUUAGGCAAAGGCAAUGAUCUUAAGGGACUGCAUGACAUGAGACUCACAGAGAAACUCAUUUCUCAUGCUACAACAACCAAAAACAUUGAAAUAGUUCAUAUUCUGGACCGAGCAGCUGCUGGCGCCGUCAUGGCCCUGGCUCUCAUUUACAUGAAGUCGGAAGAUCAGAUCGUGGCGCGUAAGAUCGACAUACCCAACUCAGUCUUGCAAUUUGACUACAUUCGUCCUGAUAUUCUUCUCUUGCGGACCUUGACGAAAAAUCUAAUCAUGUGGUCCAAGAUUGAGCCGACGUUUGCUUGGAUUCGUAAGAACCUACCACGUCCUUAUCGUUCCCAGUUCAAGCUACAGUCAACGACAAAACUUCAGUCAACGGAUAUGGCAUUCCACAGCAUAGUGGCUGGUCUCUGCUUCUCUAUUGCACUGCGCUUCUCUGGUAGCGCAUCUCCUAAAGUUCGGGAUCUUCUACUCUAUUACUUGGAUCAGUUCAUGCGUAUUGCACAGAUACCAUCCACUGCAAACAUGCAUCCAAAUGGCAAUCCACCAUAUGAUGAAGAACUAACACGGACCAACGCACGCAUGUGCCAAGACAUCGUUGCCAUAUCUGCAUCCAUUGUCAUGGCUGGAACAGGUGAUAUUCCUGUUCUACGUCGUCUUCGUGCACUUCAUGGUCGUGAUGAUCCUGAGACGCCCUACGGUUCUCAUCUUGCGGCUCAUCUCGCGAUUGGCGCUUUGUUCUUGGGAUGCGGAACGUCAACUUUUGGCACCAGCAACCUCGCUAUUGCUUCACUAUUGGUUGCUUUUUACCCCAUUUUCCCUACGAGUGUUAUGGACAAUCGAUCCCAUCUCCAAGCUCUUCGCCAUUUCUGGGUUCUAGCUACAGAGCAGCGAUGCCUGGUCACAAAAGAUGUUCUCACUGGCCAGCCAAUCACUGUUCCUGUCCAAAUCAGGAUGCGCAAAAACACCUCUACUGAGCCGGUUCUGAAUCGCACGGCUCCUUGCAUCCUUCCACCAAUAAACCAGAUUGCUAGUCUAUCGACCACAUGUGGACCCCAGUUCUGGGAUGUGGAGCUUGACUUCUCUAACCCAGAGGUUAGAGCUGCUUUCCAAGACACCCAAAGCUUGUACCUCCGUAGGCGCCCACCGCGUGAAGGAGCGUUUGCUUCAACUCUCCGGGCACUUGGUAGGGACGAGAAGGGUAAAGACCCUCUGGAAUGGGUCUUUGGACUUGAGGGUCUGCGUGGUAUUAGUUACGCCGAGCGAGCCGUAGUGCUAGAGCGAGGUGAUGACACUCAGCACUCAAGCAGUGCUGUCGAUGCAAGACUGGAGAUGGCAAAGGGCAUUGCAGAAGGCACAGAUCGGGAGCGUCUGGAGGGAGCCAGGUUGCUGUUCGAAUGGGCUUCUAUACGUGAUCGACUACGAGACACCAACAUGUUCGAUAGUCAAGAGACCAUCACAGAGUCACACGUACGUCGUGAAGCCGAAAGGGAAGACGACCAAGAUGCGACAGUGGAAGAUGGGGGUGUUUGGUGGAUGCGAGACAGUGUCAUCGAGAACCUGAAGGGCAUGGUAUGGCUUGCAAGUCGUGAAGGCGAGCAUUGA